UCUCUGUAACAAGAGAUAAUUUUGUCAAUAUCAACAGAAUAUCGUUAGAAUGAAUUGUUGUGUUCGCUGUCUUGAGCGAAGCUAUUAAUCCGCACAUCGAUUAAAAUACAAAUAGAGGGAUAUAUUUUUGCUUACAAAGGUGCUAAUAAAAGCUUGUGCAAGACUGAGAGAUAUCAUCGAAUAAAUAACGGAAACGUACUUCGGAAGAAAAUGGCAUACGACGACGUUAUCCUUCGUAUGGGCGAAUUUGGUCGUUAUCAACGCCGAGUUUAUCUUCUGCUUUGUCUUCCGGCGAUAUCGUGUGCUUUUCACAAAUUGGCCGGUGUUUUCCUCGGAGCUAAAAUAGAUUCCAGAUGUUUACUUCCGAACGAGUACGCGGAGAACGCCACGUUCCAUCUGAGUCAGGACAUAUUAAACGCGAGCUAUCCGUGGGACGACGAACUUGGAAAGUGGUCUCAGUGUCUGAGCCGUAAUGUGAUCGGCGCCGCGAACGGUACGUUCGUUGAAAAAGCAAUUGGCGACAAUGCUGGAGGAGGAGGGAUCAGUAGUCGUUGCAAGCAGUAUGUGUACGAUAGAAGCGUAUACAAAAGUACAACCACUUCCGAGUGGGAUUUGGUCUGCGACAAGGCAUGGCUGAGAGCGACGGGAGACUCGCUGUUUAUGGUAGGAGUCAUGCUUGGCUCGAUGAUAUUCGGCGGUUUGUCCGAUAAAUAUGGACGUAGACCAAUUUUCUUCCUGUCUUUAGUCAUACAGCUGGUCGGCGGUAUAUUAGUCGCUGUAGCGCCCGAGUUUAUUUCCUACGUAAUCUUCAGACUAAUUGUCGGCUCAACCACCAGUGGGGUGUUCUUAGUAGCUUAUGUCAUAGCUUUGGAAAUGGUCGGUCCGAAAAAGCGGUUAAUAGCCGGAGUCGGCGUGCAGUUGUUUUUCACUGUCGGAUACAUACUCACCGCAGGUUUUGCGUAUUUUAUUACCAAUUGGAGAAUGCUGCAAAUAGCCCUUACGGUACCGAGCCUCGUGUUUCUACUUUAUUGGUGGUUUAUUCCCGAAUCGGCACGAUGGCUCCUGACGAAAGGUCGUCUCCAAGAAGCGAAGGAUUUGCUGCAACGAGCUUCCUUGGAAAAUGGCGUGGAGAUGCCGAGUGAAGCUUUGGACACACUUCUUAAUAAUAACAGCGAGGAUAGUAUGCCCGAUACGAAAAAACCUUCACUCUUCGAUCUGUUCCGUUAUCCGAACUUGAGACGAAAAAGCAUCGUUUUGUUUUUCAACUGGCUAGUUAACAGCGGAACGUACUACGGACUGUCUUGGCACGCGUCCAAUCUCGGCGGUAACGAUUACGUUAAUUUUGUAAUAUCCGGGAUAGUGGAAGUACCGGCGUAUACAUUUCUCAUCUUCACCCUGAAUCGAUGGGGUAGGAAAAUCAGCCUUUGCGGCUGUAUGAUGUUGUCCGGAUUAGCAUUACUUGCUACAUUGUUUGUCCCUGCCGAUAUGCCGUGGCUAGUCGUUUGCUUGGCAAUGAUAGGAAAACUUGCAAUCACAUCUUCCUAUGGUGCAAUUUAUGUGUUCACUGCAGAACAAUUCCCGACUGUUAUCCGAAAUGUCGGAUUGGGUGCAAGCUCCACUUUUGCUCGAAUUGGCGGAGUUAUCGCACCAUAUGUUAAUCAUCUGUCGGAAAUAUGGACACCAUUGCCACUCGUUAUUUUCGGAACAUGCGCCUUAUUUGGCGGCUUGAUGUCCCUUCUUCUUCCGGAGACAUUGAACAAGAAGCUUCCUGAAACGAUUCAGGAUGGCGAGUUGUUCGGAAAGAAACUAUCAAAGAAAAAGAAGAAGAAACAGCAAUUGGAUCUUGACCAAUUGAACGAGAUAGAAAUAAUAAAACCAUUAAAAUCACAGGAAAAACAGAACGGAGUACACGAGAAACAGAACGGAUGACAUUAAAUUACGAAAAUCAAAUCGAUAUUACAUUCAAAAAUAUGUACUCGAUUUCCGUCUAAUCAUAUUUUAGACGUCUGUCACGUGUAGUACACACAUUUACAGAGAACUUGAGGAAUGCAAUGUUCCUUAGAUUUCGGUUUAAUAUCCACAGUUGUCUAAUAUUUGUUUGUACUACAUUGUAUCUCAAUUGAGUCAGAUUGGAUCGCAAAAUCAUACAGAAAUAUGAAAGUUAAUGAACCGUCAAAAGAAAUGUAUAUAUAUAUAUAUUUCGUGUUUUAAUCCACAAAAGUAGAUGAUGGUUUUUAUUUACGCGUAACAUGUUGCGAUAAUGCAUAAAAUAUAAUUGUAAUUCUCUCUGCCGAUAAACAUAUCAUUAUUCAAACAUCUAAAUGUCCUUUAUAAGGAGUGACUAUGAAUUAUGUACGAAAUAUUACAACUUAUCAAUAAAACUUUUUGCUACGAUUCUUCA